AUGUCGGACUUUAUCGCUCCCGAUAACUUUCCUCCCGACUACCCUAUUUUGGAUACUACCAACCCCACUGCAACCAUUGCAGCCAUUCCAGACCCACCUGAUAACGUGAAUAUCAGCUUGGAUAUUCCAGACUCGUUGAAAAACCUUCUUUCGAACGUGUCAAAUCCUGAGGCCGCCUUUACUGGAGCUUACUAUACGCGGUACACCCAUGAGUUUCGUGUCUCUCUCACUUCCUCUGAUUACUAUACCUACCAAACCCAGGCAUUCAAGGGAGUCCUCAAGGAGUUCAAGUUUGACUCCGACAACCCCAUGGAUACACUCACUAAAGCAAAGUCUAACAUGGAAGAAGCUGCCUUUGCCAUUACCGCAAAAGGGAUCAUCAAUCGAAAGAAUAAACUUGAAACCUUUCUUACCGAAUUUGGACUCAGAGCCCCUUUUGACACAAUCUACACCCAGUGGAAGUCAACCUCCCAGGGACUUAUUCCUGUGUUCUCUUCCCAUAAGAAUCUCUUUCAAGAUUUCCAUUCCAUUGUGCUCUCUGAUGUAGUGAAUACCGUUGACUUCAUGCAACGUUACACCAAUAUUGCUCAUCCCACCCUUGGAAAAAUCAACGAGGAACAUUCUCGCGACUACUCAAUGUCUGGCACGGCAAUUUAUAAUUCCUGUGAUCUCUCGUUACAGUCCUGGUUGGACACUCAAAUUGGCAUUAGCACCGACACUACCCUGAAACGUCAUGGCAGCUCCGGUCCAGUUCGAUUCUAUCUCAUUUGGUCGCGAUAUGCCAAUGUUGAUGGGGCCGUUGCCACAUCAAUCCAAGCCGCUCUCACCAAGUUACGUGUUCGCGACUUACCUGGAGAAAAUGUUUCCCUCUAUUUUGACACGGUCACCAUCAUUGAGGAAUAUCUCAGAUCAAUGGGACGUACAAUUCCAGAUUUUGUAUCCCAUGUUAUUGACAUUCUUGUCGAUGUUUCCGUUGACGAUUACUCCCUGUUCAUAAAGACCCAACAGUUUGUUCGCAAUCCCUCUCUUCACAAUAUGCAUUCACUUCGCCAAUUGGCCUGCGAUCAAUACCAGCUUCUUUUGAACUCUGGCAAGUGGCAUCCAACUGCAAAGACAGGCGCGGCCUUCCAUGCUGCCCACCACAUGUCUACCCAUGCACCGGAUACCACUCCAAGUGCUCUCGUGAAUUCUGGUUCUGGUACUCCCAAACCACGUCUUUCUCGAGAAGAGUGGGAAAAGACCAUUGACCGUUCCCCUCCACCCGCCGGAUCAUCAGAUUGUCGCAAGUCCACAAAGGGUGACUUUAACGAAUAUUGGUGUGCCACCUGUAAUUGGUGGGGCAACCACCCUACCAACAAGCGCCACCAUCCCACCGCUCCUAUUGACCACGCCGGUUUUCUCGAGAAACGGAAGAAACGCUUUGCUAAACGUGACCCCUCGGACUCCACUCCCUCUGUGACCGUCAAUAACAAUUCAACCACACCACCAUCAGGAGUGAACUCUUCUGGCGCCCUUCAGCUCUUAUGUUCCUCCGCCUUGACCCAGUUUCACUCUUUUGGUGCACCCCCUUCAAAUUUUUAG